UGAUUAUAAAUACAAGAAUGGAUGAUUUAGUGUUCCCACAAAUUAAGGAUAGCUGCAAGAUUGCUCUCCCUAAUGGUUUGAGAGAACUUAUGAGUGAUAUUUCUAGAGAGGUCCUAAGAUACCAACCAAGAGACCUCUACAAAUUCAUAACCGACUACCUGGCAGCAAUGUUAGUAACGCGAGACAACUUAUCCGUUGCUGGACAGAUUUGCGAAGACUUAUCAAAUUGUAGAUGUGAACUAGAAUUGGAAACUGAACUGAAACGAAUAGGCGUGCCCGAGUCGGAUAUAGAAACUGUAAUAAAAAUCAUUGUCAAAUAUUUUGCCAAAGACCAAGUUAAAGAGUCCAGUCUCCUCAAGAGACUAGUGAAUAAGACCAGUAUAGACGAGGAUAUGAUACCAGCAGUUCAGGAAGCCAUCCGCAACGCGUUCAUGAGGCGUCAGGCGCAAAAGUCUACUAUUUUCGAGUCAUCAUCGGAAUCAGAGGCUGACAGUGUGAAGUGCGCUGCUAAGCAUACUUUGGACCUGUACAGACAGGCAGCAUCAGCUAAUGAAAUUAAGUACGAGAUAAUGGCGCGGAAAAUACAGACUACCUAUAGAGCCUACGGUGUGAGACGAGACUGUAAAUUGGGAAAGCGUAAAGAAACGAAACCUGCCGACAAGGUGGUCACCCUGGUAGACCCUAAAGUUGUACCUCCUCCCAAUCCUUAUGAAUCAGUCUAUCCACCGCCAACGUUAUCUGAAGAAGCACUAUCUAAGAGUUCUACAAACUGGACCGAGGAUCCAGACGUUGAAUUGUCCACGGCUAUGUAUGAGAGACGUUUGAUGACAGUAUCUUCAACAUCCGUGGCUGGAUCAUUCAUGACGUUGCCGUCACACCGACCGUAUUCCGUCCAUGACGACAUUCUAUCAGAUUUAGUGGAAACACCAGAAAGGGAACAUGCUUGCAUAGACUAUACUGCUCCUAACCCACAUUUAUCCAUAAUAUCCGAAAAUAAACCAUUCUAUACACCAGGUGAAGCGGAAAAUAAGUACUCAAAAGAUAUGGAAGAGUAUGAAACGUCGAAUAAUUGUAUACUCUAUUAUAAUGAUUCUAAGGUAUCUAUUGGAAAUGUAUCGUCAGAAGAGAAUUUAUUCUAUCGGCCUGAUGAUAUGAAGGCUGAUGACAGUUACGAUGGUGACAAUGAAAUAGGACACAGUGAUGGUAAUGAGGAGAAAAAAGUUGGAGGUACUGUCAAGCACUAGAAAUUAUAGAUGAU